AUGUAUUUUGGACUUAAUUUUGGUAGACAAGCCAUUUUGAAAAAGGCCAAUGUGUGGAUACGAUGCAUGUGCAAUGUUUCAAAGAACAAUGACACGAAACAAUUGGAAUACAUCCGAAACAUUGGCAUAUCAGCACAUAUAGAUUCUGGCAAAACUACAUUGACGGAAAGAAUUUUGUAUUAUACAGGUAAAAUAUCCAAAAUGCAUGAAGUGAAAGGUAAAGACAAUGUGGGAGCGACUAUGGAUUCAAUGGAAUUGGAAAGGCAGAGGGGCAUAACUAUUCAAUCUGCAGCUACUUAUACAAUUUGGAAAAAUUACAAUAUCAACAUUAUCGACACACCAGGUCAUGUUGAUUUUACAGUUGAAGUAGAAAGAGCACUAAGAGUUCUAGACGGUGCAGUUUUAGUGUUAUGUGCAGUAGGGGGUGUACAAAGUCAAACAUUAACAGUUAAUAGACAAAUGAAACGUUAUAAUGUCCCUUGUAUAGCUUUUAUUAAUAAAUUAGAUAGACUCGGGGCAAAUCCUCACAAAGUUUUGGCUAAUUUGAGAAGUAAACUUGGACAUAACGCUGCAUUUUUACAGCUACCAAUUGAAGAUGAUGGUAACGUUAAAGGAAUUGUCGACUUGAUUCAUUUGAGGUCAAUUUAUUUUAAUGGUGAUUUUGGGGAUGACAUAGAAUAUGGCGAUAUUCCGGAAAAUAUGAAAAAAAUAGCCGAAGAAAAACGUCAAGAAUUAAUUGAGCAUGUGUCCAAUGUGGAUGAAAAAUUGGGAGAAAUGUUUCUCGAAGAAAAAACUCCUACUGAACAAGAACUAAUUGACGCGAUACGGCGUUGCUGUAUAAAAAGAACGUUUACACCUGUUCUUCUUGGAACAGCUUUGAAAAACAAAGGUGUUCAACCCUUGUUGGAUGCCGUUUUAUCAUAUCUACCAAAUCCCGGAGAAGUAGAAAAUGUGGCAUUACAACCAACCGAUGAUAUUAAUAACCCAGCAAAAGUAAUAUUAGAUCCUAGAAGGGAUGGAACUCAUCCAUUCAUCGCCUUAGCUUUUAAAUUGGAAGCCGGAAGGUUUGGUCAGUUGACUUACAUGAGAUGUUACCAGGGUAAAUUAUCCAAAGGUGACACCAUAUACAAUUUUAGAACGUCUAAAAAGGUACGUUUAUCGAGAUUGGUACGUUUACACGCUGAUCAAAUGGAAGAAGUCAAUGAAGUAUACGCUGGUGACAUAUUUGCACUUUUUGGUGUGGAUUGUGCUAGUGGUGAUACUUUUAUUGUUGAUAAAAAACUCAACAUUUCGUUAGAAUCUAUUUUCGUACCGGAUCCAGUUGUGUCCAUGGCUAUUUCACCUGUCAAUACAAAAGAUAGGGACAAUUUCAGUAAAGCAGUAGCUCGAUUUACUAAAGAAGAUCCAACUUUCAAAUUCCAAUACGAUGCAGACAACAAGGAAACUAUAGUUUCUGGUAUGGGUGAAUUGCAUUUGGAAAUUUAUGGCCAGAGAAUGCAAAAAGAAUACAAUUGCCCAGUAACAUUAGGUAAACCGAAAGUUGCGUUCCGAGAGACUUUGGUGUCUCCUUUUGAAUUUGAUUACUUCCAUAAAAAGCAACACGGUGGUCAAGGGCAAUACGCCAGAGUUAUAGGUAUUUUAGAGCCACUGCCACCAAAUGAAAAUACCAAUUUAGAUUUUGUCGACGAAACAUCUGGACCCAAUGUACCUAAGCAGUUCAUUCCUGGAAUAAUAAAAGGUUUCAAAAUGAUGGCGGAAAAAGGAUUAUAUUCCGGCCACAGAAUAUCGGGCGUACGUCUGAGGUUAUUAGACGGAGCUCAUCACAUUGUGGAUUCCAGUGAGUUGGCAUUCAUACUAGCUACCCAAGGUGCUAUUAAACAAGCAUAUGAGGAAGCCGCUUGGCAAGUAUUAGAACCAAUCAUGGAAGUUGAAGCAAUUGUACCCCAAGAAUUCCAAGGGUCUGUAAUGGGGCAGUUUAAUAAACGCAAUGGUAUCAUUAGUGGAAGCGAAGGGACUUCUGAUUGGGUAACGAUUUAUGCUGAGGUGCCAUUGAACUGCAUGUUUGGAUUUGCAGGAGAGUUAAGAUCAUUAACCCAGGGUAAAGGAGAAUUCAGCAUGGAAUAUGUUAGAUACUCGCCAACAACGCCCGAAACUCAAGAAAAAGUUGUUAUGAACUAUUUAGAAAGUACAGGUCAACUACAGGCUUUCCUUAAUGCAAAAAAGAAUAAUAAGUCAUGA